AUGGAUAUUAGCACUCUAAAAGAAAAGCGCAUAUGCAUAGACGAUUCGAGUAGAGCGCACAAAGAAAAGUAUACAACUUUUUUUUUGCUAAACCCAGAUGGUAUUCUCGACUCGGUUGCUGGGCUAGAGAACUUGGCAAUUUCCUUUGAAAACAUUUCUUACAAAAACGCUAGAUGCUAUAAAUGCCUAUCGGUUUUUUCCUGUGAGAGUAGUGCUGUGUAUAGAGCCUGCCCUAAGUGCCAUGUGGUAAACGCUCUAGUGCCCCACGAUAGCAUAGGACGAAGAGUUAUUAUUCUCGUUUGCUACCAGUGCAACAGCAGGAACCUCACAAACAUUGACUGUUCAUACGUGCAAUGCUUUUUGUGUAGCCGUGUGAACCUUUCGCAGUACAGUAGUGCACAUUUUGCCUUAAGUCAAAGUGCCCAUCCCAGCCCGCAACGGAAUCAAAAAAAAAAACACCGUGGCCUCCUCGCGAAUAUGUUCAAAUGCUUAAGAUUAAAGAAAAAUAGGAAAGACGCGAACCCCUCCUCGGGGAAUAGCGCCAAGGAAAAUUGCGAAGAAAGUCCCAAUGGAGAGGAAGCACAGAGUGAAGUCGAAAAUGGGAUCAUCCAUAACAAUGGCAGCUUUGAAGACGAUAGGGAGAAUGACAGAGAGGAAGAUCCGAACGGAGAAAGAAUGAAAAACAAACUGUUUAAUGAAGAUAAGACACACGGAUACAUACCGGAUUCAAAAUAUUCAAAUGAGGAUUAUCGAAAAAAAUUCUCUAAACCAAAUAACAAUAUGUAUAAUGCGAAUAUGAAUUACAUGCCCUACUCAAAUGAUAAGUUCCAAAACGAUUACAUGAGGAAUUCUAACAACAACUAUGGCCAAAUGAACUACAUGAACAAGGGGAACAACGACUAUGGUAACUCCUAUAUGAGCGGUGGACACAAUAACGGCAGGGUCGGUAACCCCAUGGGUGGAUAUUCACGAGAGAACAACAACUUUUAUAACGGGAAUUAUGUCAAGAACUACCAACCAAACUAUUCCCACACGAACGCACAGGCAAAUUAUUGGAACAAAGACAACAAGGUAUACGGAAGCAACAGCAAUUAUCAUGAUAUGCAGAGACCGGAAAAGUAUAACGACAAAUUCGGAACUGUUGUCGAAAGUGGAAAUGUGAAAAGAAAAACAAUCAUGUUUAAUAACAUGAAUGAUUCGAACGCCAAAAAAAUGAAUAAAACUAUAGGCUACCUCGAAAUGGAUAAAAAAAGAGAUAGCGAUGUCAAGGCAUGUAUAGAAUAUUUUAACUCCUUACGUAAAAACAAAAAUGAUGAUAUUAAGAAGAUCCUUGAAAAUCAAAACUUUAAAGAAUUAAAUAUUCCCAGAGAGCAUCUCGAAAAUAGAGAUUUUUACAAAUAUGUAGAAUACUACAAGAAACAUAACUUGAAAGAUUUAAUAGACCAAUUUAAUGAAUCCUCUUCGAAUGAUAGGAACAAAAGCAAAGAUUCGGGUGGGAAGGGGAAGGAUUCUUCUUCCUCCCUUUCGAAUGUCUCAAAUAAAGAUAAUGCUAAAGAGAGUGGUAGCAGUAAGGGGAAUGAAAAAUACACAAGUAGCAAAAGCGCAGAUAAUAAAUCGAAAAAAAAUAAACGCUCGGAAAAUGACUCACGUAAUGAUCACUCUGAUGGAGAUGGAAGCGCAUACCAUAAGAAGAAAAAGACCAAGUGCAAUGAUAAUAUAAAGCCCACUUUUUACACCAUAGACGAUUUGUUCGACUAA